GUUCGAUUUGGUUUUUUGAGUUAGGUUUCGGUUUUCACGGUGCAGUUUUUUUUUGGUAUUGUUCAAUUGAUUUCGGUUGGGUUUUAGUUGUAGGUUUUCCUGGCCCAGCCCUACUAGUAGUCCCAGGGAGUACAAGAACGGGAUAGCCAACUGACCAAAGUCCAUCCCGUGUUUCCCUCCAAAUUGAAGGAUUCGGAUAUCGGGGGAGGGUUUUAGCUCUGAAGAUCUCUGUCAUUCGUGAAGGAGAAGAAGAUCAAUUCUUCUAAUUCAACCAUCAAUGGCGUCGUCUUCCUCUUCAUCUUCAGGCCCAGACAUCCCGUGGGUCGAGAAGUACCGGCCGACCAAGGUGGCCGACAUCGUCGGCAACGAAGACGCCGUCUCCCGGCUCCAAGUCAUCGCCCGCGAUGGAAACAUGCCCAAUCUCAUUCUAACUGGUCCUCCCGGUACGGGUAAAACUACUAGUAUAUUGGCUCUUGCUCAUGAACUUUUGGGACCACAUUUUAAGGAAGCAGUUUUGGAGCUAAAUGCAUCAGAUGAUAGGGGGAUUGAUGUUGUUAGAAAUAAGAUUAAGAUGUUUGCUCAGAAAAAAGUCACUCUUCCUCCUGGUCGCCACAAGAUUAUAAUUUUGGAUGAAGCUGACAGCAUGACAACCGGAGCUCAACAAGCCUUAAGGAGGACAAUGGAAAUAUAUUCUAACUCUACUCGUUUUGGCCUUGCUUGCAAUACUUCUUCUAAAGUCAUUGAGCCAAUCCAGAGUCGAUGUGCCCUAGUCCGAUUUGGUAGAUUAUCUGAUCAAGAGAUCCUUGGGCGCCUUAUGAUAGUGGUUGGUGCUGAAAAGGUUCCUUAUGUACCAGAAGGUCUCGAGGCUUUAAUAUUUACUGCGGAUGGAGAUAUGAGGCAGGCUUUGAAUAACCUACAAGCAACUUUUAGUGGGUUUGGAUUCGUCAACCAAGAAAAUGUUUUCAAGGUGUGUGACCAGCCCCAUCCCCUUCAUGUGAAGAAUAUGGUACGCCAUGUGCUAGAAGGAAAAUUUGAUGAUGCUUGUGUGGGGUUGAAGGCCCUAUACGAUAUGGGUUACUCUCCUACCGACAUUAUCACUACCCUUUUCCGGAUCAUAAAGAACUACGACAUGGCUGAGUACAUAAAAUUGGAGUUUAUGAAGGAAACUGGAUUUGCACACAUGAGGAUCUGUGAAGGAGUGGGUUCAUAUCUUCAGCUGUGUGGUUUGCUAGCUAAACUUUCUCUGGCUCGUGAGACCGCAAAGGCAGCGUGAUAAAGGGUCAGCUUUUACCAUUUUUCUCUGUAGUCACUAGAAACUUUUUUUAUGAAGUGGAAAAAAAAAAUGCUGCUAAUAUAUUUCUCACUAUCCCUUGGCAUUUAACAAUGGGUUUUACAUCUUAGGUAAUGUUUGUGCGUAAGAUUAUGUUCAACAAAACAUUGGGGAGGCAUGUUAUUAUUUUG